AUGUCGCCUUCUAACCCCAUUAUCCCUGGAUUUUCACCCGAUCCCUCCAUCGUCAAGGUUGGCGAGUGGUAUUUCCUUGUCAAUUCCACAUUCCAUAUGUUUCCUGGCAUUCCGGUUUACGCCUCCAAGGAUCUUUUAUCGUGGAAACAGAUCGGCAAUGUUAUCUCGAGAACAGACCAAAUUAGUUUGGCUAAGUCGCCCACAGAAGUGAAUCCCCUCCCAGGCAUCGGCGAGGUGAUGCUUGCCACCGGUGGACUGUUUGCACCUACGAUUCGAUAUCGUGAUGGGACCUUUUACGUCGUUUGCACCAAUGUCGUGCGCACUCUGGGAAAAGCAGAUGUUUUAGAAAACUUCAUCUCCUCAACCAAGGACAUCUGGUCGGGCCAAUGGAGCGACCUUGUCAGAUUCGAAUUUGAUGGCAUUGAUCCUAGCAUUUUAUUCGACGAUGAUGGCAAGACCUAUAUUCAAGGAUCCAAAUCCCCAGGUCCCAUGACCAAGAUCGCCCAGAUCGAAGUUGACCUCGAAACAGGUCGUGCGUUGUCAGAAGAGAAGAUUCUAUGGGAAGGCACAGGUGGCGUCUACCCCGAAGGACCACACAUCUACAAACGCAACGGAUGGUACUGCCUGAUGAUUUCUGAAGGCGGAACACACGAAGACCACAUGAUCACCAUGGCCCGAUCUCGCAACAUCUGGGGACCUUACGAACCGUGCCCUGGCAAUCCAAUCUUGGUUCCUGCUAGCAGUGACAUGUACAUACGCCAUACCGGACACUGCGAUGCCUUUGAGGAUGAAAAUGGUCAGUGGUGGGGAGUAUGUCUUGGUGUUCGACGGGAUAGAGAAGGACGAUACAAUAUGGGUCGAGAGUCUCACCUUACUACUGCAAAGUGGACGGAUGAUGACUGGCUUCGUCUAGACCCGGUCCAAGGGCAGGUUGACACUUCCAGACUCGCAAAGACCGAUGCAGCCCAGAACCUCACAGCUGUGGAAGGCGUCGAUUACUUCUACAUCCGUGACGUGGACCUGGAUAAUUACAAGAUCAAUGAGUCCAAUAUCCGUCUAACUGCUUCUGCCAUUGAUCUCUCCCAUACUCAUCAAUCACCAACCUUUGUUGGUAAGCGCCAACGAGUGCUCCAAGGUCAAAGCACAGCCACGUUAAAUAUCGACCCAUCGAGCAAGGUCGAAGCCGGUAUCGCAUCAUACAAGGAUGAACACCGCUACGUCCGAAUCUCUUAUUCCCCUUCAGACCGGGCAAUAAAAUACGAAGCUAUCAACAAUGCUAAGCAGAUCAAAAAGACUUCCACCCACUCUAUUAGUCAAGAUACAAACAGCUUGCGCUUCCGCAUCGAGUAUACAGAGAAGGAAUAUCGGUUGUCCUAUGCACCUGACGACAAAGAUUGGCACUCCAUUGCGACGCUAGACUUGACGGACAUGACAGGUCCCGACUUUGUAGGCCCUGUCAUCGGCGUCUUUGCCCUGGGUGAUGGAGAGAAGGUGGAAAUAACCGACUUCAAUGUGGAGUAG